CCCCCGCUGUCAGCCUGCCAGCUGUUUCUGGGGAUCGGUAACAGGAGUUAAUGGCAUCCUGGCCCGGCUGGUGCAGCCCCCCCGUGCGGAGCAGGGACAAUGGCCUCGCUGGCCCAGAUUCCCCCGGCACCAGCCAAGAGCUCCCCCCAUUCCCAGGCUGGGAGCUGAGGCUGCACCGCCGGGCCGUGGCCCUGCCCCUGCCUGUCCUUGUGACCCCCCAGCAUCCAUCCACCCGUGCAGAGCUGGCUCGGGGCCGGCGUGAGGGGGGCUGCCAUGCUCCACCCCAAACUGGCUGGAUUUACAGCCAAGGGCAUCCGAGACCCUGGGGCUGGGAGUCACGUGUGGGCGUUGCAAGCAGGGCCCAGGGCACCAGAGCGGUGUCACAUGAAGAGGCCGCCGGGCUGCAGCAAGGAAGGACAGGGCAGCAGGAAGGAGGAGGUCUGGGCUCUGCCACAGCCUCCCUGGGUGCCCCUGGGUGAGUCACUUUGCCCAGCAUGGGCAGGGUGGUGAGGAGCUGGGCACUAGCACGGUAUCCGGGGUCUCCAUCUCAGCCAAGGGCCUGAAGCCUGCAGAGUUGCAAUCCCAGCUGCCAGUCACCCAGGAAAUCAUCGACGCAGGCAGCAACGCCUAUCAGAGUCUGCCGGGAGCCUGAGCCCGCUGCUGCGGGCAGCGGUCAGUGGGCAGGGCUGGCCGGGGACCCCUGCUCCCCCCCAGGCUGCAGCUCCCACGCAGAGCUGGGACCCUUCCCCCAGUGCGGGGCGAGCAGGCACAUCCAGGGCACGCAGGCGCUGCUUGAGGCUCUCAGUGCCCCUCCAAAGGCUCUCGGGGAUGCUGGAUGCCUGCCCUGCUCUGUCCCAGGAGACGGGGGUGCAGGGCUGGCGCCUGCGUCGGGGGCUUCAGCACCCCGUGCACCAGUGUUUGGGAUCCGGUGGGGUCUAGACCCUGGGGUCCAGAUCUGGGGCACCCGGGCACCAGCAAACGUUGCCCACCUGGGAUGCUGGGCCAAGGGGGGCAUCCCUGAAGUCAGCCCGCCCUGCUAGUGCUGCUAUCUCUCAGGUCCAGCUGGGGACUGGCUCCAGCUUACCCCACGGCCCAGCCCCGACAUGGUUAAUGGCUCCGGCGCCAGCUGGGCUGCGUGGCUGCCCGCUCGCCUGAUGUGCUGAGCUCAGGCCACGCUGACCCCAGCCCUUCCAGAUGGCUGCCUGCUCGCACGAGCGCGCUGCCCGCGCACUAUCUGCGCCGGAGCUCCCCGCACGCUCGGGUGAGCAAACAGCCCGGGCGGGCAUUCCUGCAUCGCCGGGGGACGCCCGCCCCAGCCCGCUAAUGGCUCGGCCCCGCAUCUGCCCACGGCUGAUUUAACCGCCUGCCUGGAAAACAACAGCUUGCCGGGGACGGCAUGAGGGCAGAGUGCCGGGGGGGUGUCCGCAGGGGGGCGAGACCAGCUGCCACCCCACAGCUGUGCAAAGGCUGGAGGGGCCCGGAGGGGCAGAAGCGGAGGCAGGAGACGGCAUGCCCUAGGCCAGGGGUGCAGACCCCCACCAGGCCCCCACCCUCUUGACCAGGGCCUGCUGUGCCUGGCACUGCAGAGCCCAGUGCCAGCCUGGCCUGUUCCCAGGAGCUAGGUGAGCACAGGGACAAGCGCGCAGCCCCGGCACCCUUGCAAAGGCUCCUGGCUGUGGGCCCGCCUGGCUCGGAUCGGGGCUGGUGGGGCAAAUCCGGGGCUCAGGAGCAGCGGGGAGAGGCUGGCGAGAGCCGUGCUGGGGUGUGAGUCCAGGGCCGGGUGCUGGGACCCGGAGCUGAGUGCCGUGGCAGGGAGGAGACCCCAAGCAGGCUCGUGGUACGACCGUGGGGCUCCUGCAUGCCCGAGCUGGGGCAGAGUAGAUGCCUUGUGGCCAUAAAUCUCCAGGGCUGCUGGUUGCCUUCCCUUGCGCUGCCCCGGGAAGCCAGCGUGGGCCAAACCGAGCCAAGCGCAGGAGGCAUCUGCACCGGAGCCAGGGGGUGGCCGGGGACACGGAGCUGGGAGGUCCUGGCUGCCCUGGGGUCUUGGUGCUGCAUGUUGGGGGCACUGUCGCCAACAGCCAGGCCUCCCCUGUCUCCCCCCAGCUCUCAGCAGCUGGCCAGGCCUUCGGUGGAGCUCCUCUCCCCUGCCCGGCCCCCUUCAGCCGGCCCUCCCCCGGCUGGGCUGGGCUGGGCUGGGCUGGUUGCUCUGCACAGCCCGCACCUGCCCAGGGACCAGGCACGAGGCGCUGGCUCCGGCUCCGUGAUGCAGGGAGACACCCGGACCGGUGAGCCUGAGGGGACCCCGGUAAGAGCCCCCCCAAGCAGGGGACCUGGGGCAGGGGCUACGGGAUCCACUGGGCUGGGGUGCCCGGCUGUCCCCGUACCUCUCCCUGCCUGCCUGGGUGUCCGUCCAGCCGUCCUUCCAGCCCUCCAUCCACCCCGGGACUUACCUGUCUGUCUACCCGAGCCCACAUACACCCUCCUUCCACUUCUCGAUGCCCAUCUGCCAGCAUCUGUCUGUGCCCUCAUACGCCCUUUAUCCAUCCCCUCGUCUGUCUGUCCCCACAUGCAGCCUCUGUCCACUUCCCCCUUUCUGUCCAUCUGUCCCUGUAUGCAUCCUCUCUCCAUCCCCGAUACACCCUCUGUGCCCUCCCCUGUCCGUCCAGCUGUCCCUGUGUGCACCCUCUCCCUACAUGCUGCGGCUCCCACACGCCCACCCUGUCUCUGGCCCAUGCCAGCAGCCCGUGCCCCCGUCCUGGGCUCUGACUCCACUCCGUCCCCAGUGCCGCGGCUGCUCCAUGCUGCUCCAGGAUGGCUCCUGGCCCAACAGCACCACGCCCGCGGGCGAGGAGCGGUCUCCUUGUGUGGUGGGCAUCAUCCCCAUCGUGUACUACAGUGUCCUGCUGGCCCUGGGGCUGCCAGCCAACGUCCUGACGGCAGCUGCCCUGUCCCGCCUGGCCGCCCGCACCAAGAAGUCAUCGUACUGGCACCUGCUGGCGCUGACGGCUUCGGACAUCCUGGCCCAGGUGCUCAUCGUCUUCGUGGGCUUCAUCCUGCAGACGGGCAUCCUGGGCCGGGCGAUGCCGGCGGCUGCGGUGCACGCCGUCACUGCGCUGGAGUUCGCGGCCAGCCACGCCUCUGUCUGGGUGGCCGUGCUGCUGGCCGUGGACCGCUACGUGGCCCUGUGCCACCCUCUGCGCCACCGCGUCCUGUGCCACCCUGCCCGCAGCCGCCGCCUCAUCGCCGCCGUCUUCACCGUGGCGCUGGCCACCGGUGUCCCCUUCUACUGGUGGUUGGAUGUGUGGCGCGACGCCGACCCGCCCACUGCCCUGGACCGGGCACUCAAGUGGCUGCACUGCGUGGCCAUUUACUUCCUGCCCUGCGGCAUCUUCCUGGCUACCAACUCAGCCAUCACGUGCCAGCUGCGGCGGGCACCAGGGCCACGCCGGGGCCGGGACCGGGCCAGUGCCCUCCUGCUGGCAGUCACCAGCGUCUUCGCCUUGCUAUGGGCACCACGCACAGCCGUCAUGCUGUGCCACCUCUACGUGGCCUCUGUGCGCCGCGACUGGCGGGUGCACCUGGCACUGGAUGUGGCCAACAUGGUGGCCAUGCUCAACACGGCCCUCAACGGCCUGCUCUACUGCUGCGUCAGCCGCACUUUCCGCCACGCCGUGGCCGAGGUGCUGCGCUCCUCCCGGCCCCUCUGUGCCGCCGGCCAUGCUUCCCGGCAGCCGGCCCGGCAGGGGGGCUCCCCACCACCCCCCUCUCUCAAGAUGCUGGGGUUGCUGCGUGGCACACCCCUGUGAGACCGCAGCCAGACCACAGCCACGGCCUGGGGCUGCCUGGGGCAGCGUGGACUGCGCAUGGCAGCAGAGGGUCUGGCUGGGGGUCAGCAGCCAGGGACGGCUGGAGCGUGGCUGGGGUAGGGAUGGACCCCAAGCCUGGAAGCCUUCAAGAGGCACCUGUGAUAAGCACGUAGGUGCAUGGCCACGUGCUGGCAGCGCCUGUCUUGCCCCCAAUAAACCCCGGUUCCUGGCCAGACAAGCUCUCCAGCCUUGUUCUUUGCAUGCAAGCCAGGAGCGGCUGCCGCACAGGUCCCAGAUGCCACCGAUGCAGGGGGCCAUGGCUCUGCUCUCUCCACACGAGGAUGCAGCGGGGCUGGGAUUUCUCCUGCCAGGCGCCCGGCUUGCUGA